UUUCCCCUACACAUUUUUUAAAAAAAAGGUUUAAAAGCAAAUUCAGUUUCUAAAAUGAUAUCCAUAUUAGUCUGUUGUGGUAAAUAUAAAGAGCCUAGCCUUAUUAUCUUAAAGGCUAAUAAUGUGGUUCUACUCAGACACUAGCUCCAUUGAAUUCAGUGGGGCUCACUCCCAGAUGUAUAAAAUUGUGCUCUAAUAACUUUAUAGUGGCAAAACUAUUUCAGACUAAAACACUGUUCUGUGUGAACAUACUUCAUAUUUUUACCAGGAGCAUUCUAGCAGUUCAUGAAUGGCAAAUUAACAGAUUUUUGUUUGUUUAUUUUUUUCAGCUUUUGGAGCAACAGUCACAACAACCCAGACAGGCAAUCUAAGCACUGAGUUUCUUCUUGAACUCUCUAAGGCAACCACCACCUUCAUAAUUGUUAUCUUCCCCAUGGAAAGAUGCUGUGUAAAUAAGAAAAGUAUACCACGGUGGUUGACUAUUUCAAAACUCAGAGGAUUCAUACAUCAAAGAAAAACAGGAAAAGGCUCUGGCAAUUAUUCAUGCAUAUAACCAUCGAGGCAUAGUGCACCAAUGAGAAAUAUAUAAUUUAUGGCCUUUUGUAUGGAAAAAGUACAGUAUGAUUUUUAAAAAUUCCUAAUCUGAUACAAGAUGACCUGACAUUUUCAAGUGAGGCAGAUUAUCGAGGGCCCCAGGAAGUAUUAGUUUCCCCCCAAAUGAAGUUUCAAGCAGUUGCUGAAAAUGGGCAGAGAGAUGCUGUUUCCUGCCACCUCUUGCAGUGAACUUGGAUCUCAUUGAGAAGAAAGGAAGGAGAGAAAUAAGGAAGGAAGGAAGUGGAUAGAGGAAAAUUUAAACAACAACCAAUGUUUAGCUUGUGAUGAAUGAGAGGUCUGUACCAAGAUAAGGAAAAUGGCAAAACCACUGCUUUGGGGAAGAAUUUAUGUAAGUUCACAUCAUCCUGGAGAACAGUGAAAGACUUUUAAUGCACAGACUUCAGGUAAAAAGUGCUGCAGCAACAAGGAGGGAGAGAAAACCUUACCAUUGCACCUUGGAACACUCCUAUCAUUUGAAGUCGGGAAAGCAUGUGUACCAAGACAUUUGAAAACUAAGCAGAAGAUUCUAAGGAAGAUUGUUCAGGCUGACAUGAGAGCACCACUGAAGGCCUGUGAGCAAUCCAGCAACAUCUGCAAAUUCUUCAAGGUGAAAUCUGAGAGACCUAACAGACGACAGUGAAUGUUAGAUGCGUGCCGAGGUUUGUGCUCACAGGGAGAUGAUUCCUCAUGAAGUCUCUGGAUCCCCUUCAGGAAUCAAAUGUGACUUUCCACUUAGCAGACUGAAAUCAGAGCCAGCCAGGCAGUGAAGCCACAGAAGUGAAAGGCUGGGGCUGGUGAAAAAUGAAAUCCAACCAGGAGAGAAGCAAUGAAAGCCUGCCACCUAAGAAGCGAGAGAUCCCUGCCACCAGCCUGCCUUCUGAGGUGAAGCCAUUAGUUCUGGCCAGUGAAAACCAUCGUGCAGAUAACUUAACAUGGCUCUCAAGUACAACCAGCAGUCAGAGCAGCAUGAGUGGGCGGAACAGGUCUGGAGGGACCUCGGUGGAGCCUGGAUCACAGCAGGGAAUAGGUUUACACAAAUCACUAUCUACAGGAAUGGAUUAUUCCCCACCUAGUGCUCCUAGGUCUGUUCCAGCCACUGCAACACUUCCCACCGUGUACUCAUCUGCACUUUCGCAGGCAGGGACACCUGUUUCCCCAGUGCAGUACACACAUCUGCAGCACACUUUCCAGUUUGUUGGGCCCCCAUACAGUGGACCAUAUGCCGGACUCAUCCCUUCCCCACUGAUUUCCCCAACAGCUAGUUCUGCAACCAGCACAGCAGCCUCUGCCACUGCUGUUGCAACCACUCCAUCCCAGCGUUCCCAGCUGGAGGCAUAUUCCACUUUGCUGGCCAGCAUGAGCAACCUAAGCCAGCAAGGACACAAGGUUGAGCCGCAUCUAGUCAGGACACCUGGAUUGAUCACAGCAGGGUCUCCUCCACCUACCCAGCAAAACCAAUAUGUCCACAUUUCCAGCUCUCAGAGUGCUGUCCGAAAUGUGUCUCCUCCAACCAUCCCAGUCCAUCUGCAUCCCCACCAUACCGUGAUCCCUCAUGCAUUUACUCUUGGUCCCUCUUCCCAGGUGGUAGUGCAAUACACGGAUUCUGGUGGCCAUUUUGUCACCAGGGAGUCCUCUAAGAAGUCUGAGAGCAGCAGGCUGCAGGCUAUGCAAGCAAAAGAAAUCCUGAAUGGGGAAAUAGAGAAGGGUAGACGAUAUGGCCUCUCACCAUCCUCAGAAGUGAACCUUGUCAAAUCAGGCAAUAAACCAUCUCCUCAUCAUUAUGAGGCCAGACACGUGGUUGUCCAUUCGAGUCCUGCUGAUUAUAUUACACGGGAUUCCUCCAGUGUCCGGUCCUCUGUUAUGGUCGUCCCUAACAGCAACACAACUACUGCAGACAUGGAGGUCCAGCAGGCCACCAACAGAGAAACACCUCCUUUGGUCCUCAAUGAAAAGGGAAGCUUGCAUUUAGGAAAAACAGCUCACCGCUCCUAUGCUUUAUCUCCACAACAGACUAUGGGUCAUGAAGGGGUGAAAGCAGUUGCCACUUUAUCCCCUCACACAGUCAUUCAGACCACCCAGAGCGCCUCAGAGCAUCUCCCUGUUGGAUUGCCUGCUGCGGCCUUUUAUGCUGGGACUCAGCCACCGGUCAUUGGCUACCUAAGCAGUCAGCAGCAAGCCUUUGGUUAUCCUGGAAGUCUACCACAGCACCUAGUGAUUCCUGGCACCCAGCCCCUCUUAAUACCAGUAGGCAAUGCAGAUAUUGACUCAUCAGGGGUACCGCCUGCUAUGGCUACAUCAUCUCCGCAGCUGGCAGCAGUGCCUCACACGUUUGUCACAACCACCAUUCCAAAAAGUGAGCAUUUCAAUGUCGAGUCACUUGCAAGUCAGUCAGCUUACCAGGCAGCAGUAGUGCAGGCCCAAAUCCACCUUCCCUUGGUCCAGCCAGUACCUUCUUCGGCAACAGCUCCUCCAACACUGCCUCCUUACUUCAUGAAAGGGUCUAUCAUUCAGUUGGCCAACGGGGAGCUGAAGAAAGUAGAAGAUUUAAAAACUGAAGACUUUAUACAGAGUGCAGAAAUUAGCAGUGACCUGAAAAUAGACUCCAGCACCGUGGAAAGGAUCGAUGAUAGCCAUAACCCAGGCAUUGCCAUGAUACAGUUUGCAGUUGGAGAGCACCGGGCACAGGUCAGUGUUGAAGUCUUGGUAGAAUAUCCUUUUUUUGUAUUUGGACAAGGUUGGUCAUCCUGUUGCCCUGAGAGAACAAGCCAGCUCUUUGAUUUGCCAUGCUCCAAACUCUCAGUUGGGGAUGUCUGCAUAUCACUUACACUCAAGAAUCUGAAGAAUGGCUCAGUUAAAAAGGGCCAGUCUAUGGACUCAGCUAGCAUCUUGCUGAAGCACUCUAAGAAUGACAGUCUGACUGGUAGUAGGCAUCGGUAUGCAGAGCAGGAAAAUGGUAUUGAUCAGGGAAGCGCAAAGAUGUCAUCUGAGAACGGUGAACUGAAGUUUCCAGACAAAAUAGGAUUGCCUGCAGCAACUCUACUCACAAAAUCAGAACCCAGCAAGCCCACAGCAACUAGGAAGAGGAGGUGGUCAGCCCCAGAAACACGAAAACUAGAGAAGUCGGAAGAGGAACCGCCGUUGACUCUUCCCAAACCUUCUUUUAUUCCUCAGGAGGUUAAGAUUUGCAUUGAAGGGCGCUCUAAUGUAGGCAAGUGAAGUCUGUUUAGGGAAAUGAAAUUAGGCUAUCCCUUGUCAUUUUUAUCCAGAUUACUGUACUGUAGGCUAAAAUAACCCAGUAUUUACAUGUUAUCUUCUUAUUUUAGGUUUAUGUUAUAACCUUGUUGUUAUAGUUGCAGCUGGUAUUAUGCAGGAGACUGGUGCAUACUUCCCCCCUACCCACUCACCCGCCCCAAGUGUUCAUCAGUGAUUAUUUUUUACCAAGAGCUACAGAAAGGGCAGGAUCUGCAUCAUCCCCACCCUUUGUGGAAGCAAAUGUUGCUGUCACAGCUCCUGUUUUCCAGCACUUCAAGCAGAGUAAGCGUCGGUUCUCUGUGAUGAGGAAACAGAAAGGGAACUGUAGCAAAGAUGAUCACUAUUUCAGGAAGAGGGUGGGACUGGAAGAUCCAAAAUGGUUUGGUAGUUCUCUCAACAGUCAACUGUUGAAAAUCCAGUCCAGAUGUAAGAACAGAGAAAUCCGCAGUCUCUGGGGCUUUGCACAAUAAAACCACCUUUUUAAAAAACUUCCCGAAGUUUACCACAUGUUUUUCUGAAUCCCCAACCCUAUCCUCCACCCUACAAUAGGGGUGUCUUGACUGCACUAUUAUUUUUUUAUUAAUUUUAUUCUCAGAGACUGCCACACAGAAAUUUCAUUUACAUUUGCUAAUACAGCUGCAAAACAAAAGAGUAGCAACUGGUUCUUGCUUUGCAAACAUUGAUAAUUUCUUUAACAGUAGGACAUUGUUGCUGCCGGCCUAGCAAACUUCAGCUACUAGAGCUCUUAAGUACGUGUGAACAGGGCUAAAGAAAGUAGUUUGACAAAGUUACUUCUUUUGGUAUAUAGCCCUCACAAGCCUCCAGUCAAUGUGGGUACUAGCCAUACGAGCUGGGGGAAUACUGGGAACUGUAGUCCAAAAAAGUAACUUUUCCAAGUUCUGACAGAGAUCCACUGAGUGUUGCCACUGACAUUUGCUUCCACAAGGCAAAUAUGCACUGCCCCUUUGAAAGAAGAUGAACAGAAAAGCCGUUUGCAUUUAUGUUGCAAAUCUUUGUCUUUUAACUCUAGUACUGUUUUAGUUCCAUCUUGACUAUGGACAACUAGUGCCACUUUUUUCAAAUUUCAGUGUGACACAAGGAAGUGGAUGUCGAAGAUGAACAUAGAAUGUCUUUAAGCACUUAAAAUGCUGUUCACACUUUUGUUGCUGAGCAUCCUGGCUUAACACUCGGCAAGUACUGUAUCUCACUUUAAUCUCUUUGAGAGAGGAAAAAAGCAAAGAAAGAAACUGAUCUCUUCAACACUGUUAACUACAUGCAAGCUUAUGUAGAGGUUUCUCACAAGCAAGAUGUUGAAAGUUUUUCAUGUGAUUUCAAAGGGAUGAAUGUGAAUUAUGAACUGGUCUGUGACAGUCAUUGUCCACAAGGACUACUUAAUAGGAGGCACUUUUAAAACUUUAAUGCUUGUGAAAGAGUUAAAGGCAUAUGCGAGCUGACAGAUAAUAAAAGAAUAAGAGAGUAUAAAAGAAAGAAGAAAAAUCAUUAUUGUCCAGUGUUUUUGGAAAAAAAAAGAUGGACUUUAAAGAAUCUUGCAAUUUGCACAUCUUGAGUUUAUCAUUUGUGUGGUAUUCCUGCAGUUUUUACCUAAUAAUUUUUGGGGAAGGGAGAGGGACUGAAAAAGCUUAAACAAAUGUAGCAAUUACUUACUAACCUGCCUAAUGUCUAGGCCAUUUUUGUAGGGUUAGGUUUCCUUUCAACCUCUUUAUUUUCUUUCUACCAUAUCUGUCAUCUGGAACCAGGACAGGCUCUGAGAAAUUCUCUUCAGAUUUUGCUGAGUUUUCCAUAAGAGUCACUUUGACAUGGAAGCAAGUUUUGGUUUUUGAUUUUAAUUCUAAUCCAUUGUUAUUUUAUUAUUGUGAAUAUUACUCUUUGUUAUUUUGAAUAACUUCUUUUCCAUUAUUAGUAGAUGUCAAGAUUUGGUACAAAACAGGACGAUGGGUAGAAGGUUUACCCAGUUAAGCUCUUUUGUUAUUGGUGUUGUUAUUGUUCCCAGAAAUCUGAAACAAAUUUGAGAGUAUAUCCAGAGAUCUUAACUCCUGCUGAUUCUGUGGCUUUCAUCUUGAAAUACAUUCCUGAUGAAUAGCCACAUUAAAGCCCUGGUGACUACUCACACAGAUGAGUGAUAUGAUACCAGCCUGUGAAAAAAAAUUACAUCAAUAAAUGUACAGCCUACUUUAAAGUUAAGCUAAUGAAAAUACUGCAUUCAUUUCUAAAGAAUUACAAUUAGGGUCACCUGAUGAGAGAUAAUUGGCAUUUUCACACAUGAAACUUAAUUUGGGUUCUCCUUGAAUCAGUCUGCAAUGUGAAUACAAAAUCCAUGUUAGCAUGUUUUGUCCACGUUAACAAUGUUCAUGUGUGGUACAAAUAUGAUAGAGGCUCAAAUAUUGUACCUUGUGUGAAAAUGUGCAAGAACAGAUGCAAGGCAUCUGUGUUAGCUCUAGCUUGUCAGGGGUCGGUGAGCAAGCAUGAUUCCUCUUCUUUCCCUACUCAGAAUUGCUUUUGGGUGUUAUCCAAACCCAGGGUAAGGAAGGCAGAUGACAGGGCAUGUUGCCUGUGUAAAUAGAGGUUUGCCCCUUAAUUUUUCCCAUGAUCAUCCACUUGCCCUAAGGAAGGGGUAGGCAACCUUUUUGAGCUGGGGGCCGGGUUGCUGUCCCUCAGACAACUG